AGAGGAUUUUGAUUGCCUUGCAGGACCGUACAAAAGAGCUGCUCGAGAAUAUUGAGUCAAGCGAGUUAUGGACUAUCACUCGCUACGCUCAUAGAAUGGCGUCUUCUUCAUCGACGCAUGACUUUUCUCAACGAGAUCUGACGGAACUCAGCGCCUUAGAAGAAACUUCUCCAAAUCCACAGAGUAAUUCCUACUCCGCCCACGAUGUCUACUUCAGCUAUUUCUACUCGGGUGUUACGGAACAUUCCAAUGUCAUUGAUGCCAAUGCCAUGGAGGACAGGUGGAAAUUUCAUCCAGAGUGCAACUCGGUCUCUAAACCCCACUUGGAAGGAUUCGUAGUCGACGAGACUCCUUGUUCCAGCGGAUAUUUGUGGCUGCUAGCAUCGCUUGCUCUGACACUGGAAACGCACCUUACUCCACAAGAUGCUGUUUUUGCAGUCCUGUCCGAGGUGUUCGAUCUGUCCACGCUUAAGAAUUCGAAUACCUUUACACAUGGGCCUCUCACCCCGCGACUAAAGUCAGAUGUCAACUAUUGGAUCUCGUUCGCUAAAUCACGAAGAAUGCAGGACGCUAUGAGUCAGGAGACUUUUGAUUACCACCUUCUCCAUGGCCAUCCAAAGGAAGAUCUAAUUAAUCUCCUUAUCUUACUGCUGACGAAUACUAAUAGUCAUCGAAAGCCUCACGAAGGCCUCAGCUUGACGCUUCGUGCCGAAGGUGGUCCAACUAGAACCAUUGUCAGAAGCCUUAGGGAUGUUGGCCUUCCUUUCGCGAUGCCUGUGUCUGAGUCGAUUAUGAUGCAUGAGCUUGACUCAAACAUCAUCGAAUUUGGCACACCGAGACUUAUUUUCUCCUGUGCUGAAGACCUAGGUACCUAUCAACGGAGCCUCCUUGAUUGAUCUGGAUUAUGGAGCCAUACAUGUACAUGACACCUUGGAAUGUCCGACUCGCGGCGUGUACCAAGAGGACCCAACUUAGUCGAGAAUCAUCCUUUGUCUUUUUAACACAAAUUUCAGGAUGUUUAGGGUACACCUCUCGAGGUUCUCCGUCUCAAGUCUGAAUGGAGGGCGAUACCGAUCUUUUGCGUCAAUCAUCCGCACCGUUCGAUUUGGCUAUGCAAGCUCUUAAUUCUCUAGUAUGACUUGUCUCUAUUCUAACACAUCUUUCGCUAACUUUG